AUGCCCAAAGAGUCGGAACAGCCCACUACAAUAGCUGCUGUGCAAAACUGUCCACCUCAAGAAGAACAACUCUUUGAUUUGGCAAGAAUAUCAAAGCUGCCAAUUGCGUUGCGCAUGGUAGCACGCGUAGGAAAAUACCUACACCGGGUGGUAGCAAAAGUGAACGAGAAGAGACAUUCUCCGAUAGAAAUCCACCAUGUAACCAAAUUCGGUACGAAUUUCGAUAUAACUGCUGACGAUAUCAAAGCAGCAGAAAUCGUUCUCCACGCAGACAUUCACAAGAAUGUGGAUGUAGAUGAGCUUAGUAGAAAGUUCAGAAACAUGAACAUUGUUCGCGAUAAAUACGGUGUAAUCAGACACAUUUCUCGAUUGCAACAUGCCCCAAUACCAAUCGAUACAAAAUCUCCCAUCUUUCUGCCAAGCAGAAGCGAGAUGACCCGACUGAUUCUGAUCGAUAUGCACUGCCAUAAUUUCCAUUGCGGUAAAGACCAGACGUUAUCGCUGGCACGGCAAAAAUACUGGAUACCGCGUGCAUCUGGAUCAUUCAAGUAUUACUUGAAAAAUUGCGCGGUCUGUAAGCGUUGGAAUGGACUGCCAUUUGGUUCUCCACAAAUGCCCUCAUUACCAACAGAUAGGGUGAUGGUCACAAAACCAUUUAGUAAUGUUGGUUGCGACUACAUCGGUCCGUUUUGUUCCAAGAAUGGGGACAACAUGUAUAUUGCCCUUUACACUUGCCUAGUUACUAGAGCAGUCCACUUGGAAGUAGUUGAAAACUUAUCAGCUGGAGCAUUCCUGAACUCAUUCAUACGAUUUGUAUCAAGAAGAGGUGUUCCGAAACUAGUGCGCUCCGACUGCGGAACAAAUUUCCGCCUUGGUUCCAAAAUCAUCGAAGAACUCUCUAAACCUUGCGAAUACGAGGCGCAAUCCGUCAUGAGUUACAGUGCCACAAACGGUAUCAAAUGGUUAUUCAAUCCACCAGCCAGCCCUUGGAUGGGCGGAGUUUGGGAGCGACUCGUUGGUUCCGUUAAACGAUGCUUGAGAAAAGAUGCACUGACUCACGACACAACCGAAGAAAUCGCAUCUCGGCGUGUUCUGCCUCGUUCGGCAAAGACAAGAGCUUAUGAUGUCAUCAGAAACUUCGAAGAAAGCCUCGAGGAAACUCAGUCACAAUCAAGCACUAACGCCAUGCAAGGGUCACAAGUGUUGCCACCCGCACGGAACUCCAAAGUAGCCAAUGGAUCGAUAAAAACUGCGAUGCUACUUACUGUGAUGAUCGCUGCUCUGAUAUCUCCAUCCAGUGCCCAUCAUGCAACAUGUCGAGAAGGUGUAGUCAAAAUACGGGAACGGAACACCUUAUGA